AUGGGGAUCAAGCCCAUCCUCUCCCACACAAGAGAUGGAAGGAGGAUCAGGGGAGACAAAUCCGACACAGGGAACCUCAUGCACUUCCUUGAUCAACUCCUCACCUACAAGAUCACAGCCUAUAGCACUCGAUUUCAACAAGGGAGGAAGCUGAGCGUUGGAGGGCUCAUCACGCUGAUUCUUUGCGCAAAUGGCGUAAAUCCAGACUCCAAGAACGCCACUCCACCUGGUUGGAUGGUCAUCAAGUUCUGCAAAACCAACACUCUCAUCGAUCACAAGGAGAUGAAUGGGAAGUAUCAAUUCAUCUUCAAACAUCCCACAGCUGGUGCUUCCAAGAUCCUCCUGCCCAACCCUGAGCUCACAACAGUUAGAGGAGGUAAAAACAUUGACUUUUUCCCUCCACCUCACACCUUAGUUGGGCAUGAGGAUGAGAUGCGAGAAGAGGAGCCUGAACUCGAUCGAGCUGAGGAUCGAGUGCUUGUCAAUGAGGAGUUAGGAGAGCCAGAUUGCUAUUAUUUUGAGGAGUAUGAAGCUCCAAGGAUGAACCCCUCUGUUGUGGCUGCUCACAAGAGGAUUGGACUUCUCCAAAAGUUCAACAAGUGGCAACGGAAAGCCAUGAAGAAGAUGCAAAAUUCCAUGGAUAAGAUGGUGAGUAAAUCUAGAGUUUGGAGAAGAAAGUCACUGGUUCUUCAUCUAAGAAGAACAAGGCACCUCUCACCUCUCCCUUCCCUAGGAGCCGAUCCCUUCUCACCACACCAAGAAGACUCCCAGCCCAAGACCCUCCCAGAGCCUCAUCAUAUGAGCCAAGAGAAGCAGGAGGCAGCAAACAUAAGAGAAGCAAGAGUUCAAGAGCUCGACGCUCCAACUCGACCAGUGGACUCGAUCGAGUCCAAACAGAGGGAACUCAACUCGGUCGAGCUGAUGGUCGAGUUGACCUAG